AGCUCAAAAGACAGAGACCAUGGGGGGCCAGAUGGAAUGGAGCCUGAUGGUGUCAUCGAGCAACUUGUCGGAAGUGACUCAAGAAUUCAUGAACAUAAGCUCCUUCCUCCAUGUCCGAACCUAUCAGACGCACGAUCAGACGUCGAUCUGGAUGUUUAGAGCAGCUGUAAAAAGAGUUCAGAGCAAAUGGAAGUCGUACAGACACAGGUUUGUACCUUGGGUUGUACUGAACCUGUCUAAAAAUGAGAAAACUCUGCGGAAGGUGACGGAGCGCUCCAAAGACAAGCUGGUCCCAGAUGAGGAGGUUUCUCAAAGCCUGCUGCGGCUCUUCAGACUUCUGCUCAGGAGGAGUCAUCAUGGGGAGCUCCGAGCAGCUCAAACUCACACACAGGUAACAAGUGAAGAAGACCAGUAUGGAGGAAAUCCAGGGAGUGGAGAUGAUGCCAUGUUACAGUCUCUGGGAUUCUGCAUUGACAGGAAACCCAGCACUUUGCCCUCUGCAGGAACUGGAGUGUUUGUCACCAGAGGAUGUGUACUCAAAGGAGCUACAGUGGCCAUGUACCCUGGAACAGUCUACCAAGCCUAUGAGCCAAUUCUCCUCCAGUCCAUCAGAAACCCUUUUGUAUUCAGGUGCAUUGAUGGUGUCUUGGUUGAUGGAAAUGACAAAGGCAUCUCCAAAAUGGUGUUCAAGUCAUGCAGUGGCAGGGACAGAAUGGGGCCUUUCAUGAUGAGUGACACCAGUUGGCUGACCUCCAGUCCACAGAACCCACUUGCUGUUGGUCAGUAUGUGAACAACUGCUCCAACGAGUCGCCUGCCAACGUGUGCUACCAGGAGUAUGACGUGCCGGGCAAAUUUCCCAUCCAGCUCCGCCAGUAUCUGCCUAAUGUCAACUACAGCCUUGACACACAACUGAGGCCUCUACGCUGUGUUGUCCUUGUAUCACUCAGAGACAUUGCAGCAGGGGAGGAACUCUUCUCCAACUACUACACCAUUGUGCAUUAGAGUCAAAGUACAAUCUGCUGUUCUGCUUUAGUGUCAGAACUGAAGAAAAUAUACAUUUUUAAAAUUCAAACCAUGUUAUCAUUAUCUGUCUUUCUAUGGGAAAAAUAAUGUUCUCUCUUUGUGAACUCAGUAUUGCACUGGAAUAAAGGCAAAUCAUGUCUUGUAUGGAUUACUGUAAUAUGCAAGAAACCAAACUGCUCUUAUUUGUCAGUAUUGAAGGGUAUCGUGGGAAUAUACGGGGCCAAGGAAACUGGCCACAUAGGAUCUGCAUGUUCCAGACCUGUACAGUGGUGGCAGUGGCGUGUCCAGACUUUUUUGACUGGGGUGGCCCAUGUUGGCCACUGAUUUGUGCAGGGUCGGAAUAGCAUUAAUCUACCUAUAUGUAUAAUAUACAUUUUUUGUCUCGUCUGUUCAUAUUUACUUUUAGAGGUCGACUGAUAGGGUGUUUUACAAACUAUUACUAUCUGCAGAACUGGACUCCCGAUAGCUGCGCAGCCUCCACCAGUCAAUUCGUAAUUUUUUCUUCCAAAUAAUCCAGCCAUGUAACUAUCCAUUCAUGAAAUUAAAUUGCACAUUUUAGCAUCCUCCUUACCCUGGGAAUAUGCACAAUUUGAACUUUAAUGUUAAGAGUAGCAUUUAACAAUUUAACGGGACGCGCAACAGAAGUAAUCCUGGUCAGUCAUAAACUACAGAACAGCGCAUCGCCAAUUGUAAAUAAAUAAAUAGAAAAUAUUCCAAUGAUGUAAUCCACCAAAUCACAAUUCAGGAUGUUCUGUUACAAUGUAAUCCAUGAAAUUACACUUCAGGAUAUUCUCUUAGUAACGAUUAAAUUUAGAGUGACAAAAAAA